UAUGUCAUUGUCAUAACAUCAGUAUAAACUGCUUUUGAUUUCUGACUUCUGAGGAAUUUGAAAAAUUCAAGUUAUUCCUUAAACAAAUACACGUGGAAUUUCAUUAAGAAUAGAAAAAUAUUUUGUUUAUUGAUUCUUCAAUAAUAUUCUCGAAAUAUCUGGAAAAGGUACAGCAAUUUAAAUGGGCAACACAGUUACUUGUGCCGAAAUAGCAGCCAAUAAUAUCACAAAUCCUUCUUCUGUUGCUGAAUUGUUGAAGAAAAAUGACAGCGAAUCUAAAUUGCCACCAAAUCACCCUCCUAUUCCACAUUACUCAGGUGAAAUACCGAAAGAAUGUCCCAUGCACGCACAAGCAAAACCACAAGAUUAUACUCAAGAAAGAUGUCCUAUAGACCAUAACAAUAAGGAAGAAAUAAAUCCACUGAAUAUGAUGGGUCCUGCCAAUCAAAAGCCAUCUCCAGGUCAACCGUUUCCACUUCCACUGGAUCGAGAAGUCUCCACUAUUCCUAAAGCUAUUGUUAAAGAAGGAGAAAGUCAGUUUUGGGUUUAUCCUAGUCAGCAGAUGUUCUGGAACGCUAUGCUGAGGAAAGGUUGGAGAUGGAGGGACGAAGAUAUACAACCCAAAGAUAUGGCAGAUAUCAUAAAAAUACAUAAUGCUAAUAACGAGCAAGCUUGGUUAGAGGUUUUAAAAUGGGAAGCACUCCACGCUAAAGAAUGUGGAAAUCCAAAACUUAAAAGUUUUGGAGGAAAAGCAUCUAAUUACAGCCCAAGGGCUAGAAUAAGGUGGUUGAUGGGUUAUGAGCUACCUUUCGAUAGACAUGACUGGAUUGUUGACAGAUGUGGAAAGGAAGUACGAUAUGUCAUUGACUACUAUGAUGGAGGUUCAUUAGAUAAUAGUUAUAAAUUUGCAUUGUUAGAUGUGAGACCGGCUAUGGACAGUGCCGAAAAUGUAUGGGAUAGGAUGAGAGUAGCAUGGUGGAGAUGGAUGUAUAGCAAUGAGUAGAGUAGCAAUUAGGAGCAGUAUUGUUAAUUAUUAUGUAAGACGAAAGUUAACUUAUUGUGAUGUAUCGUAUAAAGCAUCUCGUUCAAUUUGA